AUGAAAGCUUCAUCCUCAGCUUCCAAGGAUGAGUGGGUGGUUUGUCGUGUGUUCGACGAGACCACGAGGAUCAAGAAGACAACUACACCAGUGUACAAGGUGGCCAUGGCUAGCACUGAGAUUGAUCAGAAUCAGAACAACAUCCUGGCCAUCCCCAUCCCGAUGCCGCUACAGCUGCCACUGCCAGUGCCCAUGCCAAAGCAAUUUCCCAUCCUACCAGACUUUCCCAUGGACCCGAUGGACCCCUACUUUCUAGACGCCGGUGCAGAUAUGCCGCCCAUGAUGCUGCCUAUGGCAGGUAUCGGUGGCGCCGGUGGCCUCCAGAUCAAUGAUGCCCUGUUCAGCAAUCCGAUAGCCACGUCACGCCAGACAAACGUCUACGACUAG